UUUGAUAGUUGUCAAAUCCUACGUAAAAGUGGAAAAUAGAAAUUAUCCUAAAAAUUUAAGAUCGUUGACGUCGAAAAUUAAGUAAUAACAAAUCAACACUUGAAAACGAUUCAAGUUUAACUUCGUACUUAGCCAUUUUCAUGUAAAUCCAACAGCACCAAGCCUUCAAAAUGCUAAAACCGAAAGCAUUAACAGAAGUUUUAAGUCAAGCUAAUACAGGAGGAGUAGAAAACACUUUGUUGUUGAAUCAUCAAGGUGCACUUCUAGCUUAUUCUGGUUACAAUGAUAAGGAUGCUAGAGUCACUGCUGCAAUCGCUAGUAAUGUCUGGUCAGCUUAUGAAAAACACGGCAGAAAUGUUUUUAAAGAAGAUGGACUACAUUUAAUACUAGUAGAUUGUUUAAAUGGGAAAAUUGCAAUCACACAAGUUGCCAAUUUAUUACUGUGUCUUUAUGCGAAUGAGGCUGUUGGUUUUGGCAUUCUGAAAGAAAAAAUCAAUGCUAUUGCUCAGUAUCUAGAAGGUCCUUUGAAGCAAGUUGCAAGUUCAUAAUAUGUAAUUUUAAAUAAUUAUGAGCAAAAUAAUAUGAGAAGUCACUAAAAUACUUUACUUGGUUACUAAAAUACUUUAUUCAGUUAUUUGAAUCUUUAAAUUUUAUAGCUAUUAUAUAAAACAUGAUAAUUGCAAAUUUGAUUCCUGAUUUGUAUGCCAUGUUUGAUAAUAAAAGGAUUUACUGAGAUAGUAGCUUAAUGGAUUCAUUUGAAUAAUAAUAGUUAAGAUGCCUCAUAUACGUGUGCUAUGCAACUAUGCUGUAUUUUCUGGGACAGGUAUAAACAUAUUAUUAAAUAUCUAGGUUCACAAUAAACUUUCACAUUAAAAAAAAGCUUAGAAAUAAAAUAAAACAUUCAAAAUUAAUAGAUUUUCAUAAUAACUGUCAGUAUGGUGGAACCUGCAUGGGUAGAUAAUAUAUACAAUAUAUUAAUAUUGGAAAAAUUAAUGUACUGUAAAAAUGUCUUUUCAUUUUAAUGUCAGACAUUGUUACUACUGUAAAUCUAAUUAACAUGUCCAUAUGUCAGUUUGCAUGGCUUCUUUGUCAAUUUGAUAGUGGAACAAAAUAGAAAAAGUAAAGUUCAACUAAAUGGUUAAUGCUAAAACCCCUAUAAGUUGAUGUACAUUUAGUCAUUAAUAUUUUAUAAACUUUAAUCAGAAUAUUUUGUAGUAUCACAAUUAAUGAUGACCCAGUAUAAAUCUAUUCUUCUUU